AUGGCUUCAGCCCUAGGUGGGGACCAUGGACUUGUUGCCUCAUCACUGAGUGAAAGUUCACUCAUUUCCGGAAGCCUAGGAGAGGAAGCUUCUUUCAUGGUUUCAACCCUUGGUGAGGAAACUUUAUCCAUUGCUACAACUUUCCAUGAGGAAUCUUCAAUGAUAGCCUCAUCCUUUGGUGUAUACACUUGGGCCAUUCCCACAACCUUAGGUGAACAAUUUUCAACAGUUGUUACAACUAUUAGUGAGCAAACCUCAACAGUUGCCACAACCAUGGGUGAGGAAGAUUCAUUUAUUGCCACAACCUUGAGCAAAGAAACUUCAACCAUCACCACAACCUUGGGUGAGGAAACCUCAAUGGUUAAUAUAAGUCUAGGUGAGGAAACUUCAAGCAUGGCUACCUUAGGUCAUGAAACUCCUAGCAUUCCCACAAGCUUGGGUGAAGAAACUCCUAGCAUUCCUACAAGCUUGGGUGAAGAAACUCCUAGCAUUCUCACAACCUUGGAUGAAGAAACGCCUAGCGUUCUCCCAACCUUGGCUGAAGAAACGACUAGCGUUCCCACAACCUUGGGUGAAGAAACUCCUUUCUAUCCAGUGACCUUGGCAGAAGAAACCCCUAUCAUUCCCAUAACCUUGGGCCAAGAAACUCCUAACCUACGCACAACAUUGGGUGAAGAAACUCCAGUCAUUCCUCCAACCUUGGGUGAAGAAACUCCUGCCAUUCCUCCAACCUUUAGCGACGAAACUUCAACCAUCAUUGCAACCCUGGGUAAGGAAACUCCGACCAUUCCUACAACCAUGGGUGAGGAAACUACAACCGUUCCUGCAACCUUGGUUGAGGAAACUACAACUAUUCCCACAACCUUGCAUGAAGAAACUCUUGCUGUUCCCACAACCUUGGCUGAGGAAACUCCAACUAUUCCCACAACCUUGGGCGAGGAAACUGCGACUAUUCCCACCACCUUGGGCGAGGAAACUGCAAAUAUUCCCAAAACCUUGGAGGAAAUUCCAACUACUCCGACAACCGUGACUGAGGAAACUUCGACUAUUCCCACAACCUUGGGUUUGGAAGCUUCGACUGUUCUCACAGCUACAGGUGAGGAAACAUCAACUGUUUCCACAACUAUGGGGAUGGAGACUUUGCCCCCUGCUGUGGCUGAAGGCGAGAACACAUCCUUAAGUUCUGAUGUUGGUAUGGUGCUGGUAGGGUUGAUUCAACUUGCCACUGAAGAAGGCAACCAGACAGACAGCUCCAUUGGUGCAACUUGA